CUAGAUAAAUAGUUGCGCUAGUUCCACACAGCUGAUUAGUCCCGGCCCAGAAACGGGGCGCACAAUUUUAGGGCUACUUUGCCCAGUGAAAGAGAAUGAAAUACGACCGUUAUAUUUGGGUGGCGCUAGUAGCGCUCACCUUUCUGGGAACCACGUCAGAAGCUAGAUCGAGAAGAAAAUCAAAGAAAGUUGAUGCCAAACCACAAUCUGAUGACCCAGAAGCCGCUGUAGUUCAAAAUCAGCAACCAAAUGACAAUUACGACUAUGGAGAAGUCGAUCCUGAUUAUACAGAUUACUACUCAGAAAGAGAGAGUGAAGGAGGAAGUAGAUCAUCACCAACAUCAAAACCCAUAACUACACCUCAGCCUCUUGACGAGAGACCUCGCGAAGAAACAACAGAAAUUUUCGUCCAACCGGAAGAUGAAAGACCUACAGCAGCACCAACUGGUACUGUGGAUGUUCGUGUCAUCCCACCUAGACCCUCUCCGGAAAGUAACGUGGUACCUUUCUCUUGCAGCCAGGAUGGAAGGUUUUACCAGGAUAAUGAAAAAUGGACCGUAGAAAAAUGCAAGGAAUGUACUUGUCUUAAUGGAAACAUAGAGUGUAAGACGGAUGAGGUCUGCCUAGGAGCGCUGAGACCUACGAGGGAACCACAUGUUGACGUAAUACCUCUUCCAGGUCCAAGAGGAGAACAUGGUUAUCCUGGUGAUCCAGGACGACCAGGAGAUCCAGGAGCAUCUGGUACUCCAGGAGUUCCCGGCGUACCAGGUCCACCCGGCCCGCCUGGCCCCGCCCCUGACCUCAGCGCUUAUUACCAACAGCUGGCCCAAACCCAAGGAAGUGGUGACAAAGGACCAACCUUCGAACCUUUUCAGUAUCUUCAAGCAGCGGUGGGGCCUGUGGGAUCCAGAGGACCACCAGGACCGGCAGGACCAGCAGGACCCCAAGGUUUUCAAGGACCCAGAGGAGAAACUGGGGAAACAGGACAAGCUGGAAUAGCUGGACCACCGGGUCCAAGGGGUUUGCCUGGUCUACCAGGAAAGGAUGGAGAAAGAGGAGACGAUGGAGAACCAGGCGUAGCUGGACCUCCCGGCCCAGUUGGUCCAAGAGGCCUGCCUGGUAUGCCAGGUCUCCCUGGAACCAAAGGUCACCGAGGUUACUCCGGAAUGGAUGGUAGUAAAGGUGAACAAGGAGCUAUCGGAGAGAAAGGAUCACAGGGUAUGCCUGGACAGAUGGGACCUGUUGGUCCAAUGGGUCCUGUUGGACCUAGAGGUGAAAGGGGUAGAGAGGGACCACCCGGACUUCCUGGCUUGAGGGGAAUCGACGGAAUAGCAGGACCACCAGGACAACCGGGUGUUAUUGGAAAACCUGGAGCACCUGGUUUCACUGGAAACCCUGGUAUGAAAGGUGAUCAAGGAGCUCAAGGACCCAAAGGAAGUCGUGGUUUUGAAGGACCACGAGGAGAGUCGGGCCGUCCUGGACAACCCGGUGAAUCUGGUCCACCAGGACCAGCAGGAAAAGAUGGAUAUCCCGGAGAAAAAGGAAGUAUUGGCGCAACAGGUCUAGUUGGAUCUCCUGGAUUCCCAGGAGCUAGAGGCCCUCCAGGUUUAGCAGGAAAUCCAGGACAACCCGGAAUGAAAGGUGCACCUGGUUUGCCUGGAGACAGAGGUUACAAGGGCGAUGCCGGCAUAAGGGGUGAGACAGGAGCUAUUGGGCCUAGAGGACUACCAGGACUACCAGGAUCUGAAGGCAAGCGGGGAAAGAGAGGCAUGCGAGGGCCUUCUGGACAAAUGGGUCCACAGGGAGAACGAGGAUUACCUGGUGUUAGAGGACUACCUGGUCCUGAUGGAGCACCUGGUCCUAAAGGUCAAGCUGGAGAAAGAGGAUUGUUAGGCCCAGUUGGUCCGAAAGGAUCACAAGGAGAAGCUGGACGUCCUGGUCAAACAGGACUACAAGGAAUGAGGGGAAUGUCAGGCCGGCCGGGACAACCUGGAAAGAACGGUUCCCCUGGAGAGAGGGGAAUGCCUGGGCAAGAUGGAAAACCUGGCGAACAAGGACCUCAAGGAAUUCAAGGGUUACCUGGUCCUUUAGGUCUUCCUGGAGACAAAGGAUUAACUGGUGAAGCAGGAAAAGAUGGCGAACCAGGGCCACCAGGUCCAAUAGGACCAAGAGGGGAUGUUGGGAAAGACGGACCAAUUGGACCGACCGGACCUCCAGGGCCUGCUGGUAUUGACGGAGAAAGGGGACCACCAGGUGUUGAUGGACCACGAGGUUUUCAGGGACUUCCUGGGGCUCCAGGAAAUCCAGGAUUGCCAGGAAAAGACGGCGAACCUGGCAUCCAAGGAACAGCAGGAAUUCCAGGAAAUCAAGGUAUCAGGGGUGAAAGAGGCUUUCCAGGCGAAAGAGGUCCAGUUGGACAACCAGGAUUACCCGGGAUCAAAGGAUCUCCUGGGUCUCAAGGAAUAGAUGGCCCGCAGGGACUUCCUGGGCCCAGAGGAAUGAAAGGGCACCAAGGUCCACAAGGUUUGAUAGGACUACCAGGUUUAAGGGGUUCUCAAGGUUCUCAGGGUGAAAAAGGAGAACGGGGCUCAUUUGGUCCAAUCGGUCCCGAAGGUCCACCGGGACGUCAAGGAGAAAGAGGACCUCUUGGACCCAUAGGACCACCUGGGCCUCCAGGGGAACCAGCAGCACCAGGUGAACCCGGACCUCCGGGUUUUCCAGGAGAACCAGGAGCACAAGGCGGACCAGGAGAGAGAGGACCAGCAGGACCACAGGGAUCGCAAGGUUUUCCCGGACCUCCAGGUCUUCUCGGAUUGCCGGGAGUAAAAGGAGAAAGAGGGUUAUCUGGAAUGAAAGGUGAACAAGGAAAUUUGGGACCUGUUGGGAGACCCGGAGAACCUGGACCUCAAGGACCAAUUGGGUUAACUGGUUCGAAGGGAGCAAGAGGAGAAGCUGGACCUAGAGGAGACGCAGGUAUAAUGGGACCACCAGGAAGGCCAGGAGAACCUGGGCAAGCGGGUCAACCAGGACAUGCAGGAUUGCCUGGGCCUCAAGGACUUCCAGGAAUAAAGGGAGCCGCUGGAGAAACUGGAAGGGCUGGUCUUCCUGGACUUCAAGGACUCACUGGAGCACCAGGACAAGAUGGACCCAAAGGAGACACCGGAGCAGAAGGACCUCCAGGUCCUAUAGGUCCUGCCGGUCCACAAGGCCCAUCAGGAGAUAGAGGUUUGCCGGGAAUUCCUGGUUUACAAGGGCCGAGCGGUAUGACAGGACCUAGAGGAUCUCCCGGUGAAACUGGUGCCCCCGGAAAACCUGGGAGUGAAGGGCCCCAAGGUCCUAUUGGUUUGAGUGGACCUCCAGGAUUACCUGGACCUAGCGGAGAUCAAGGACCAGAAGGACCUACUGGUAAGCCUGGACCACCGGGUAUUUCAGGAAGACCUGGUGAUAAAGGACCACAAGGACCUCCUGGACAGUCUGGCAGUACUGGAUCUCCAGGACUGCCGGGCCCACCAGGACCAAUCGGUCCAACCGGUCUCACAGGAGAAAGAGGACCCCGAGGAGAAUCAGGUCCUCAAGGAACCGAUGGCGCACCCGGAGAAAGAGGAAAACCUGGAGCUCCAGGCACAGAAGGUGCUAAAGGAGAUCGUGGAGAAUUAGGUCCUAUUGGGCCAAAGGGACAUCGCGGUUUGAUGGGUCUUCAAGGACUACCCGGUUUGCAAGGACAACCCGGAGAAAGGGGACCACCUGGUGAACAUGGCAUGCCUGGAAAAGAAGGUGAAACUGGGCAGAGAGGACCUCCCGGAAGAGAUGGUAGCCUGGGACCUCAAGGAGUAGCAGGACCACCAGGACCUAGAGGAGAAAAUGGAAAUGAUGGAAGACCAGGACCACCUGGUCCAGCUGGACCCGCAGGACCACCUGGUCCUCCAGGAGAAGGGAUAGGAUACGAUGCUGCUAGCCUGGCAGCAUUCUUGUCCCAAGGACAGAAUAAUCAGAAAGGACCUGAUCCAAUGAACGACCAACCCAUCAGAAUAUUCGGAAAAGAAAUUACUGAAGAGGAAACUCGCAAUAUAAUAAACAAAGCUUAUGAACAGCUCAAAUCUUCUUUUGACAGACUGAAGAAACCAAACGGCCAGAAGAACUCGCCUGGAAAAACUUGCAGGGACAUAUUAGCUGCUUAUCCAGAAUCACAAAGUGGUCAAUAUUGGAUUGAUCCAAAUGAUGGAGAUAUCAGAGACUCAAUCCUAGUUUACUGUGAUAUGGAAAAAAGGGCAACCUGCGUUAUGCCCAAACCAGAUCGCUCACCAGAAAUUCGUUAUGAAGGCAGGGAUCCUGAAGUUUGGCUAGGAGAAAUAGAACACGGAAUGCAGAUUACAUACAAGGCAGACAGCACCCAAAUUGGUUUCUUGCACCUUCUGUCAUCCAGUGCGACACAAAAUAUCACUUACCACUGCAAAAAGUCAGCAGCCUACUUUGACGUUACGAGACAUACUUUCCGCAAAGGUAUCAAACUGAUGAGUUCCAACGAUGUAGAAAUAACACCGAAAGGAAAACUUCGAUACGAAGCUAUCUCAGAUGAAUGCAGGUAUCGCAAAGACUCUUGGGCUGAAACAGUGAUCUCCUACUCAACGAACAAGCCAUCUAGGUUACCCAUUACCGACGUGGGUGUAAGAGAUAUAGGAGAACCAGAUCAAGCUUUCUGGAUAGAAAUCGGAGCAGCUUGUUUCUCAUAGAAUCGGUCACGAAUUCAAACUAUUUUCAAGUUACUUAAUUUUAUAAGUACAGCCAAUGAUAUGUCACUGCCUUCUUAGAUGUGUUCAUCAUCUCAAAAAUCAUGACGUGUAAAAUAUGUUCAUUCUUCUACUGUAUAUUUUGUAAGGGUGCUAUUAGAAUAAGUAUAUAUUGUAAGUAUAGGAAAUAUAUUUUUGAAGAAGUU